UUGCUUUCCAUUCUCUCACAAUCUCUGGUAUCAGCUUGAAUAUAAAGAAGUUUUUCAAUCCGUGCUAGCCUUUGAAGCUGUAUAGCAUAGAGUUGUUCCCAUGUUGGAGAUUUCUUAGGACCAGCAAUUGCAUUUAUCUCAACUAUGCAGUAGUUGCUGAUUAAAUCAAAUAACUUAAUACGAGAAAAAGAACAAUAAAUAGAGAACCAAAAAAAAAAAAAACAGUGAGUUGUGUUAGUUGGUCUGAGGAAUUCUUUAGCCAGAUCAAAAGUCAUAGAAUGAUGCCUCCACCAGAACUUUUGUUCAGAACUUGUUGGGGUGGAGGCUUACUGGGGUGGAGCCACUUUGAGCACUUCCGCACUUCCUGAGAACGCUCUACAUCUUUCUUUAUGGUGUGCUGGUGUUUUCUUUGCUCCGUGUGAAUCCUUGUCCUGGUUGUUCACCAGAUUUCCCUUUGCAGAUGUGUGUGAGAAACCUUUGUUGAAGUAAAGCUAUUUGUGACACAUUUAAAAUCUAAAAAGGCAGUGAACCCCUCUAAUAUUAUGACUACAACCCCAUCAUUUUCUGCUGUAGACUGAUAAUAUAUAAUUUUCUCUCCGUACACUUUUCUCCCUCUGUUUUCUCAUGCACGUUUGAAAAAUAUCACGCUGUUUGGUUUUUCUUCGUCGAUAGUGUUCUGUUAAUGGUGAAAUAAAUCUUGAGAUUGGUGUUAACUGCUUCAUAUUCAAUAUGGGUUAUCCCAUAGAAGUGGUUAUUGAAUCCAAAAGAUUUAUUCUGUCAAAAGGGGGUGGUGGAUCAGUGCGAGUCACCGAGAGAAGCUGGAAGAUGGAUCAUACAGUGAUUCUGGGAGCAUCAUCAAUGCAUUGGCUGAGGAAGGUGUUAGAGGAAAGUUUAAGAGAGGGGAAGAAGGAGGUGUAUUCAGCAACUAGAGAUGGCUACUGCAGUCUUAUUGCUCAAUGAUGCACAAACCAUAGAGGAAGAUAUCUUGAAGUCUCUGAAUAUAACCAGGGGGGAGGAGAAAUGUACUGUGCAUUCCAGAAGGAAAUAAUGGGUGGGGUUGGAGGAAAAUGCGGGAGGCAUUGUUUGAAAGUGGUAGAGAGGUCUCUGUUAAUGGAGGAGCUCAGGUGAACAUUGGGAAGGAGGCAGUGAAGUUUCAGGCACGGACGUAUAGGAGGCCUUAUCCUCGUCGUUGCCGAAAGCUAUGAGGAAAUAGGAAGAUGGAGUGACAUUUUCUUACAGGAGACAAGGGAGGUGGAGUCGAGACGCAAUUCCGAACCAUACCCAUGGCAGGAAAUCCGCGGCGUGUCAGGAGGCGUGGGAAGUGCGAAGACUACUGAUGGAGAUGCAAGGCCAGCUAUGGUAUCUGCAGAGAGGUAUGGCUGAAAUUGUGGCAUUUGUUGUAGGGUUUAAAGAAAACGAAGACACGGAAGUAUUAAAAAGGAAUUUGGGGCGGGUUGGAGAUACGGGUGGAUUAAAAAAGUAUGGGGGGGGCUGGGCCUAGUAAAACCCGGAAUGAGGCCCAUCAAAAGAGUAAACAAAAGGGGCGGGCCGUUUGGAGGAAAUUAAAUGGGCAGACUCAGCCCAAGUUACAACGAGGCCCGUCCUCUUCAGCAGGGGCUGGGCCAUCCCAGCUCAAGGCCCAAACGGGCGGGCAAGGACCCGGGUGUGAAGAUCCAGCCCAGAGACGCGAGCAUCACAGCGGUGUGACACCCAGCCUCAGCUUUGUGCCGAAAAGUCUACAGAUGGUGGAGGUAGCACAGAAACUGCCGACGACAGCUGUAGAGAUCGCUGACGAGGUCGCCGACGAGGCGUCACAGGUGUUCUGUGCACAGAAGGAGUUCGAAAUCCGGGAAAAUGCGACCCAGAUUUUACCGACAUCUAUGGAAGGCACGGGGUUGGAUCCAGCGAAGUUAUCUGUCAGACCCUUAGAGAUUUCUGAGUCGGAGGUUGGGGAUGAGGAGUCCGAGGACCUCAUGCACUCGGUGGAGGAUGAUUUAGUUCUCUUUGAGUCGUGUGAUCAGUUGGGUUUAGAGGAAUUUUCUGUGGGGGAGGAUUUUCAGAAUUUCCAGAGUAGCAAUCCUAUCCCAUUGAACUAUUGUUUUCCAGAUCAAGCUUCAGACUGGGUAUUACAUAAGGUGAAAGAGAUUCAACAUUUUGUGGGGAUUAAUUGCGAGGGGUAUGAAGUGCAGUUCAUAGCAUUGUUAACUGCUAUGGAAGCUGGGUAUCAAUAGAAAAGGAAGGGGGACUUGAAGCAGAACGGGAGCUCAAAAGGUUGAUGUGGUCGAUGAACUCGGAGGGUAGUCCUAGUAGGAGUAGGGUAAAAGGGAAGGGGCCGUUUGUUCAUAAAUGAAGCCAAAAAUUGUCUUGGAAUGUCCGCGGUCUUAAUGAGGUGGAAAAGCGAAUCGGAAGA